UAUAAUGGUUUAUAUUGUUGCCGAUUUUAGCAAUUUAAUCGAGGUUGCUACUAUUUCUUAUUUCUAACAAUAUUAAAUUAAAUUGAGGAAGUUUAAAUUGAAGCUAAAAGAGUUUAUAAAAAUGGAAAUUUUAUUUAGUGAUUAUAGAAACCAAAAUUGAAUUAAGAAUUGAAUGAUUGAUUAAUUAAUUUUAAUCUUUUAAUUUGUGGGAGUAUUAAUUCAGUGUUGAAGAAAGCAGAGUUGCAAUGGAAGAGGAAAUGUGUCCGCCAUUGUUGCCGUCUAGUCUUUCUUCAACAACUGAAUUGUCAGUGGCGGAAUUUGAGGAUUUCAGUCAGCAUUUCGCUUCAAUGUAUCAUUCAAUUUUCCCUCCAUUGUUAUCAUCUUCCUCUCUUCCAAAUUCUCUUUCAUUUACUCCGUCGCCCUCCUCCGCCGACGAUGACCACAACAACCACUGCACCACCGCCACCGCCACUUCCACCACUGACGACCUUCUUGUUCAGGCCCGUCUUAUUCUCGAAAACCGUCACCUCCGUCACCGCCACGAUCUCUGCCUCCGCCGCCUCCGUCAAGUCUCUGACGACGCUGAUUAUCUACGGCAGGAGAAUGCCCAGCUCCGAUUGGCGAAUGCCGAGCUUGUGAAGGUUAUUUCGUCCAAGACGGCCAUUGACGAUCUUGUUUCAAUUCCGAAUUCUCAUCUCCGGUCUCUGAUUGGAGGCGGCCAAAGUGGGGAUGAAAUUGGUUAUAAUGAUAUAAUUAGUCCGACGAGUGUGAUUGGAAAAUAUAAUGAUCAGUUCGACGGAAGGAAUAAUCUCCACCGGAUCUCUCUUCCAAAGAGCAUUUCCAUCCGCUCUGCCGCCGCCGCCGCCUCCUCCGCUCCACCCAACAUCAAAUUGCGUGGGGCGUGCACUCCGGUGAGCGAUGGUGGGAGUAGAAAGAGAGAAGAGGAGGCAACGGAAUUUGAGGUGUACAAUCAAGGUACAACCAAGACAGAGCUCUGCAAUAAAUGGCAAGAGAUCGGCGACUGCCCUUAUGGCAAUCAUUGUCGAUUUGCUCAUGGACUGGAAGAGCUCCGACCCGUCAUGAGACACCCACGUUACAAGACACAAAUGUGUAGGAUGGUACUCGCUGGUCAAAAGUGUCCUUACGGUCAUCGGUGCCAUUUUCGCCAUUCUCUUAGUGAACAAUAAAAGAUGACCGACGACCAAAACAAACAGACAAUAACACAGACAGAAAACAACUGGAAACAAUAAGCAAUAAAGAUGAAACAAAGAUAUUAGAAGAAAUAAAAGGAAAAAGAAGAAGAAGUUAUUUGGCUUUUGUGUAGUGUAUAUAAUAAUGGCCUUAUAUAUACAUAUAUAUUUGUUGUUGUUGUUAUUAUUAUCAUUAUUAUUAUUUUGAUUUAUUUGUGGAAUGAUUUAAAAGAUUUAUUUUCCCUCCAGCUGGAAAAUGAAUAUUAUUGUAUAUGAUAAUUCUAAGUGUUGAAUAUUUACUGUUAUAGCAGAAAUAAAAAUGAGUUAUUAUA